GGCUAGGGUGGGGGUGGGGGGCUUCUUUUUUUUCCUGCCAGCUCUCGCCAGGCAGUAGGGAUUUUUUUUUUCCUUCCCCUCCCUGAUAAUAAGGACAUCAUCAGAAGCAAGAUGCAGUGGCUAAGGGAUGGAACAGGAAUGCUGAUCAGUGGUGGUUCCAUUGUCAGUGCUGAGGCAGUAUGGGAUCACGUCACCAUGGCCAACCGGGAGUUGGCGUUUAAAGCAGGAGACGUCAUCAAGGUCCUGGAUGCUUCCAACAAGGACUGGUGGUGGGGUCAGAUCGACGAUGAGGAAGGAUGGUUUCCCGCCAGCUUCGUGAGGCUAUGGGUGAACCAGGAGGAUGGCGUGGAGGAGGGAACCAGCGAGGUGCAGAACGGGCACCUGGACCCCAGCGCCGACUGCCUGUGCCUGGGCAGGACCGUGCAGAACCGCGACCAGAUGAGAGCCAACGUCAUCAACGAGAUCAUGAGCACCGAGCGCCACUACAUCAAACACCUCAAGGACAUCUGUGAGGGUUACCUAAAGCAGUGCCGGAAGAGGAGGGACAUGUUCAGUGACGAGCAGCUGAAAAUCAUCUUUGGGAACAUUGAGGACAUCUACAGAUUUCAGAUGGGCUUCGUGCGGGACCUGGAGAAGCAGUACAACAACGAGGACCCCCAUCUCAGUGAGAUUGGGCCCUGCUUCCUGGAACACCAAGACGGCUUCUGGAUCUACUCUGAGUACUGUAACAACCACCUGGAUGCGUGCAUGGAGCUCUCCAAGCUGAUGAAGGACAGCAGGUACCAGCACUUCUUCGAGGCGUGCCGCCUGCUGCAGCAGAUGAUCGACAUCGCCAUCGACGGCUUCCUGCUCACCCCCGUGCAGAAGAUCUGCAAGUACCCCCUGCAGCUGGCAGAGCUGCUCAAGUACACGGCCCAGGAGCACAGUGACUACAGGUACGUGGCCGCUGCCCUCGCCGUCAUGAGGAACGUCACCCUGCAGAUCAACGAGCGCAAGCGCAGGCUGGAGAACAUCGACAAGAUCGCUCAGUGGCAGGCCUCUGUCCUGGACUGGGAGGGGGACGAUAUCUUGGACCGCAGCUCGGAGCUGAUCUACACGGGAGAGAUGUCCUGGAUUUACCAGCCUUAUGGACGGAACCAGCAGCGAGUUUUCUUUCUCUUUGAUCACCAGAUGGUUCUCUGCAAGAAGGAUCUGAUCCGAAGGGAUAUCCUGUAUUACAAAGGGCGCAUAGACAUGGAUAAAUAUGAAGUGGUGGAUAUAGAAGAUGGGAGAGAUGAUGACUUCAAUGUCAGCAUGAAGAAUGCCUUCAAACUGCAUAACAAGGAGACUGAGGAAAUGCACUUAUUCUUUGCCAAGAAACUGGAGGAGAAGUUACGAUGGCUUAGAGCUUUCAGAGAAGAAAGGAAGAUGGUAAAAGAAGAUGAAAAGAUAGGCUUUGAAAUUUCUGAGAAUCAAAAGCGGCAAGCGGCAAUGACAGUAAAGAAAGUCAGUAAGCAAAAAGGUGUGAGCUACUCCAAGUCGGUUCCUCCAGCCUACCCACCACCCCAGGAUCCAUUAAAUCAGGGACAAUACAUGGUGACAGAUGGCAUAUCCCAGUCCCAGGUCUUCGAGUUCACCGAACCCAGACGCAGCCAGGCACCAUUCUGGCAAAACUUCAGCAGGUUAACACCAUUCAAAAAAUAAUACCUAGAGAGAUGGAGAAUUUUAACUUAAAAGAACUAAAAUUUAAAAAAUAAAAAUAAAUAAAAUUAUAUUUAUAGAUGGACCUUUUUUCGGAGAAGCACUGUUGCAACUAAAUAUAUAUACAUAUAUAUAUGUAUACAAACAUUUUAAAAAUAAUAAUAUAUAUACAUAUAUGUAUAUAUAUAGAAGGACCAAAAACUUUUUUUGUUGUUUUUGGGAAGUAAUCUGCUACUAGAUACUAGGAAGCACCAAUGAUUUCUAACCAUGUGACCUGUUUUAUUUUAUUUUACUCCAUUGGUUGGACAUCUCUUUUUGUUGGGAUUUUUUUUUUUCCUGUUUUCCUUCAUUCCCAUCCGAGUCGUCACUGGCAUCCCAGAAUGCUUUCUCGCUUGUGUGACUCCGUCAUGGAACUUCCUCAUGGACUACAUUGGUGUAUAUUUCCUUUGAUUUUAUUUAUGGGGGGUGUUGUUUGUUUUUUUGGAGUGCUGGGAGGUCUCUGCUCCCUGUCCCUCCCUCUCUGUCCCUCCCUGGCUGUCCCUGGUCCCCAGCCCGGGCACUGUCCCUGUCCUGCAUCCCCGUCUGACUUGUGCCUGUCUGGAUGUGCUCCCUGUGCUCCCGCUCCGCUGCGCAGUAUUUCUCUGGCUUUAACUGUUCUCUCGUGGGCAGGUGAAACCCAGCAGAAGGGCAAGCAGCUAUUUAGGAAGUGAGGGAUGGGUUUUGCUCAGUUCAUCUUUUGCGUUUUUUUAAGCACUUGUCUUUUUCUCAAUUCGGUGUGAUUUGUUCACACUCGGAGUAAGACGGAGAAAAGAGAAUCAGGGGCUUUUCUUCUUUUUGCUUUGUUUAUGUGGGCUUAACUUUGAUUUAUUUUCUUUUCAAGCUGAGACACUUGAAAAGCCCACUCCUAUCUUUGUUUUCCAUGCAAAGAUAAAAGCUUAAAACCCAAUGGCUUCAUGCCUCCAUUGCAGAGAGGAAAAUUGGCUCCGGGGCUCCGACAAGCGGCCAGUUUUCUGUCUUCAGGAACUAAGGUCCCAUCCUUUGGCCACACUCAGCCUGCACAGCAGCACCUAAAGAAGCACUCAUUGCCAUUUGCAGCAGCAGUGACCCCAAAAGUGAGCCCCAAAAGUGAGCCCCAAAGUGGCUGCUCUCAGUGCCCACCCCACGCUGGGUUCCCCCAAGCUCUGCCCCAUUAGUGGAAGGAUCCUCGCCCCAGCCCUGGAGAGCCCACCUGAGGUUGAACCCGAGCUGCAGAGGAGCUGAGAGCUCCUGGCAGCAGCUGUGGGUGUGACUGGGCAGCGUGGCUGUGCUUCUGUGCCCAGUCCCAGCUGGUGCUGGUCCGGUCCAGGCCCCUCUGUGUCCCCUGGAGGUGUCACUGGCAGUGGGCCUGGGCUGAUGGACCAGCCCAACCCUCCAGGUCUCUUUCUCUCUCUUUUUCUCCCUCUGGAGAUUCACAGCUCUAUUUUUAAAGACCCUUCCUACAAUUUCAGCCUUAAGUACAUUUGUUUGCAAGUGCAGGAGCUUAUGGUUAAGCUUGUAAAACAGACCAUUGUCAGAAGGAGGAUUUUUUUUUUUUUCCUAGGGCAAAUGAGACUGUUUAACCAGAUUUAGAAGAUGAACUUGAAAUCUUUGCAGAGCUAUUCUACAAGCUCCUUUGAAAAUGUGGGACGAAGUGAUUGAUCAGGGUAUUUGCCAUUUUCUCUGGAAUCUGAUCCACCACAUAAGCACCCCAGGACAAUGAGCAUGGAGAUACUUUUUUUUGUUUUGUUGGCUUUAUUUUUUUUGCCCCCAAGAAAUCCAAGUGAAUGAAGAUCAGAGAGUGUGAUUUCAUUGUUUCCAUGGAGCCUGUUUUAUUUCAGGGCAUGUCACAAAGGCGGCAUUAUUUUUAUUUAAAUCCAGAAAUAAUCUCUCUUAUACUUUUGAAUAAUCUAGAAACUAUCAAUAACCAGCAAAGCCAGAUUAGUGUUUUGGAGAGGAGAAGUGGCCCCUCUGUGACAGGCAGCAAGCAAACACCAGGAAUCCCAAAUAGGAAGCAACCCCAUUUUAUAUCCAAAAUUAUUUAUUAUUAUUAUGCUCUUUUGUAUCUUUGCAUUUUUAUGGCUAGAUUUUAAUGUGGGAUACAUAGCAAAUAUUGUUUUGUUUCUUUAACAGAGUGGGUAUUUAAAGCAGUGCAUGAGAUGGGUUCUUGUCAGUUAACUGAAAUGUUUUACUAUUUCUGAAUGGCUGGAGAGAGGCAGAGAGAGAGAGAGAGAAAGAGAGAGAUUCCAAAAUGUUGUCAACUUGAUGAAAAUUUCACUUACUCCUUUUGCCUUUUUAAUUGCUUAGGGAAAAAAAAAAACAA